AUGCAACUGAGAAACACCCACAGUCGCAGGCAUGACAUGGUGAUGAUCCUUAUCGAGGAAUACCAGUCCCUCCCGACCAACACCGUGUACGUGAUCGAAGACGUGGAAAUGAUCCCGGCACCGGCAUUCACCUUCUGCCCGAAGCCAUCCACCCUCGGCCGCUUCCCAGACUAUCUCAUCAUGUCGACACAGUGGCGGUUGGAACUCAAAACCUCCACGUACAUAGAGAAAUUCCAGAACAUUUCCAUACCUCUUCUCCGAUUGUUCGAAGUGGCUCCCAAAGGAUGGCUGCGUGUGGCAAAUGAGUCAAUAAUCAAUGGAGAAACCAUCUUUCAGCUCGACGGUGUUGGCCAUUGGAGCGAGCGAACCUUUCUCGGGAAUUUCGAGGAAAAGGAUUUUCCUUAUUAUUUCAAGUGUUUCUCCAUAUUCCCAAAGAGAGAAAUAACCGUCGGGGAGAAUAGUUGCUCCAAUAUUCUCCUCAAAUUCAAAUUCAUGGGAAUCAUGACUUCAGACUUCCAGAACAAAAUGCAGAUCGACGUUUACAUCCACGAUAAUUCGGAGGAAUUCACCAAUGUGUUCGGUUUGGCACCCGAAAAAAUAACAAUAUUCAACGGCACAAACACGAGACUCAUGGUUCGCCCUCAGGUCGUCCAGAGACUGAGCAAAAGGACGGCUCCAUGCGUCGGGGAUUAUGGAUACAGCCAUUCUAGGUGUUGGGAAAACUGCUUCUGGGAACACGUCCAGUUGCACAUGGAUCUACCGUGCCUCAGUCCAUCCUUCCUUUCCAAGGACGUGAAUCUUACCGCGCCCAACUGCACUGACAUGAAUGCUGAACUUGACGUCCUGUCGAUGUUGCACAAGAUCCACAACAACAGCCUACCCCAGGGGUGGAAGGAAUGCAACUGUCCCAAGCGUUGUAACAUCACCAAAUAUGAUGUCCUUGCCCCUCCAACCGACGCGUGCGAUGUGGAAAAUGAAAGGAAAUUAGAAUUGAAUUAUUCUCGGCUCCUCAUCAGCUUCCCUUCAAAACAAGUCCCUUACUUUCGGGAGCAGGAGAAGUUGACCCUCCUGGAUGUCCUGUCCAACAUCGGCGGAAUCGUCGGCGUCUGCCUCGGCGCAUCGCUCAUCACAUUAUACGACAUGGUUGAGAUGGCGUUCUCGACCAUCCGCUGCAAAUUAAUGCGGCGGAAAAAUGAGGUCAUUGAUAGCGGUAUCGUUUAA